CGUUGCUGGGGUUUGCUAUCUUUCUGCAUGUCGCUGUCGUACGGACAGAUCGCGUCAUCCGUGCACUACACGCAAGCAAGCCAGCCAGCAAGCAAGCAAGGGACAAGAGCAAGAGAGCCAGUGCACCCGAAGCGACGAUGGCAGCGAUGAUGCGGCAGGCAGUGCGCCACGCACAGACAGCUACUGCUGGAGCACAGGCCUGGAAGGACUAUGUGCGGGCUGGAUUUGUGGGUGCUGUGGGCAAGACGCCACUCAUCAAGCUGAAAGGCCCCAGCGAAGCCACAGGCUGCAACAUCUUGGUGAAGAACGAGGCAAUGAACCCCGGCGGCUCCGUCAAGGACAGGGCAGCUCUCUUUCUUAUCCAGGACGCAGAGGAGCGAGGCUUGAUUAAGCCUGGGGGCACUGUGGUGGAGGGCACCGCCGGCAACACGGGCAUUGGCCUUGCACACAUCUGCAAUGCCAAAGGAUACAAGUGCGUCAUCUACAUGCCAGACACGCAAUCCAAAGAGAAGAUUGACACCCUGAGGACGCUCGGAGCAGAUGUGCGCCCUGUUCCCGCCAAACCUUUUGACGACCCCAUGAACUACAACCACCAGGCGCGGCGAUUUUCAGAGGAGCUCGACAACGCUGUUUGGACCAACCAGUUUGACAACACCGCCAACCGCGAUGCCCACUACCACACGACGGGUCCCGAAAUCUGGCACCAAACAGAGGGCCGUGUUGACGCGUUCACGUGUGCGACGGGCACGGGCGGCACGCUCGCGGGCACGGGCAUGUUUCUCAAAGAGAUGAACCCAAACGUGCAGAUUGUGCUUGCCGACCCACCGGGCAGCGUCCUGUACAACUUCUUCCAGCGCGGUGUGCUGGAGCGUGAGGGCACAGGAUCCAUCACGGAAGGCAUUGGCCAAGGCCGCGUGACUGCGAACAUGGAGGGUGCGCCCGUCGAUUACGCAAUUCACAUGCCGGACGAGAAAUCCGUCGAAGUGGCGAUGCGGCUGCUGUAUGAGGAAGGCUUCUGCGUUGGCGCAUCGAGCGGACUAAACGUUGCGGCGGCGAUUGAAGUUGCGCAACAGAUGGGCCCCGGCCACACCGUCGUCUCCCUCCUCUGUGACAACGGCCUGCGCUACGCAACGCGCCUGUUCAACAGGUCCUGGCUGGAGACGAAGGGUCUUCUCGCCUCCGUUCCCACCGAGUUCCACGACAAGCUCAUUUCAUAGGCAGCGCUUGCACGAUUGUGAUGUGAUGUGUGUUUGUUUGUUUGUUUGCUUGUUUGCUUGUUUGUUUGUUUGCUUGCUUGUUUGUUUGUUUGUUUGUUUGUUUGUUUGUUUGUUUGUUUGUUUGUUUGUUUGUGCUCUUUGCUUUGUUGCUUGCUUGCUUGCGCCAGCUGUUUUCGACAGAGGCGAUGUUACUCACUCGUCCAUGUGUCCCUGGAGUGAAUCGUUUUACAACAUUGUGGUGGCA